AAAAUUUGGUUUGAAAUCUGAGAACGAGGAAUCGGAGAAGAGAAAUUCAAUCAAAAAGCUCAAGAUCCUCAAGAAUUAGAGAUCUAUGAGGUGCAAGCAAGCGUUGAUUUUGUGGAAAUAAAUCUUGAAUCAUUGCAUUUGCUUGAAAUUGAGGAGGUGAGAAGAUUGAUGAAGUUAGAUGGGCAAUGUAGGAUGAGAGGCCCUGAUUUGGGUCUCUAAGGCAUUAUCAGAAGCCACUAGUACAGAAUUGAAUAAGAUACCAUUUUAUCUUCCUUUGCGGUAUGAGUCUAAGACGAAGAUCUGCAGCUCCGCCGGCACAGGCAAUGUCUUUCACAAACCGAAGCUCCAAAGACCAAUAUUGUGCAGUAACGACUGUGUCUUCUGAUAAGUGGAUCUGGGCAUUCUGCUUGGCCUUCCGGGUGGUAAACUCUCUGCUGGUACAAACCUACUUCAAUCCAGAUGAGCAUUGGCAAACCCUUGAGGUUGCCCACAAUAUCACCUUUGGGUAUGGGCAUCUCACCUGGGAGUGGAAGAAGGGUAUCCGGAGCUACCUUCAUCCUCUGCUUUUUGCGCUUCUUUAUAAGGUCAUGGGCUUUCUCCACUUGGACACCCCGUGGUUAAUGAGGAAAGCUCCGCGUGUUCUGCAAUCUGUGUUUGCUUCAUUUGCUGAUCUCUACCUAUAUAAGCUUUCUCGGCUCAUCUAUGAUGCACGUGUUGCUCGAUGGACGCUCUUUUGCCAAUUGGUGAACUGGUUUAUGUUCUAUUGCAUCACAAGGACACUUGUGAAUAGCUUGGAGACUGUCUUGACUGUCGUGGGGUUGUUUUAUUGGUCUUCUUUUGCAAGUUCUUCUAAGAAACAUCCAUCUGGUUCAAGGAAAUUGGCUUUGUUUAUUGCAUCAUUAGCUUGUGCAAUUCGGCCGACCAGUGCUAUUACAUGGUUAUAUGUCGGGUUUGUGGAUCUUUGGCAGGAAAGAAAUCGGUUGAAGCUCAUCUUUCUUGAGGUGAUUCCUAUAGGGCUUUCGGUUUUGGGGUUGACGAGUAUCUUGGACUGGUGGAUGUAUAGGUCAAUGGUAUUUGUGCCUCUUAAUUUUCUUAAAUUUAAUUUCUUUUCAGCCGGAGGGGACUAUUAUGGAACCCACCCGUGGCAUUGGUACUUCAGUCAGGGAUACUCAGUCAUGCUUUUCACCUUCUUGCCAUUUUCACUGAUUGGCAUUUUUAGAUCAAAAGAUUGGAGGUUUUCUGGCCUCAUUGCUUGGGUUUUAGGUGUUUACAGCAUUCUCGGUCACAAGGAAUUCAGGUUUGUCCUGCCAGUGCUUCCAUUAUCCCUGAUGUUCUCCGGGUAUUCAUUAGCAGAGCUUUCAGAUUCAGAUUCCAAAAGAAAAAAUACAAAAGCUUCUUCUAGACGUCCUUCUAGAGCACAAGUAGCUAUUCUAUUUCUUGUUGCGACAAAUGUUCCAAUGGCAUUGUAUAUGAGUCUAGUUCAUCAGAGAGGAAGUGAGGAUGCAAUUUACUAUUUAUCCAAACAAGCCUCUGAUGGAAAAGUGAAGAGUGUUUUAUUCCUAAUGCCUUGUCAUUCUACACCUUAUUACUCUUCUCUACAUAGCAACUUGCCGAUGCGCAUCUUAGAUUGCUCCCCGAGUGAUAAUAAGGGCUAUGUGGACGAGUCUGACCGAUUCAUGAGCAAUCCUGUUGGGUUUGUUUCGACCAUGUUGGAAAAUUCAUCGCUGCCGAGCCAUCUGGUAAUGUUUGAGUCUGAAGAAAAACAUCUUAGAGAGCUUCUGGUUUCACAUUCCUAUAAAGAGGUUAAGAGAUUUUUCCAUGCACAUUUCAAAGUAGAUCGGGAUCUUCAAGCGUCGGUUGUUAUAUAUUCGUCAACAAUCCCAACAUGACACAGGUAUUAACCUGAUCAACCUCGCAAGAUAUAUCGUUUUCUAACUUUGUAAUUUCUUGGUUGAUAUGAUUCAUUCAUAGCAUUGAUUAAAAAGAAUUGGUAGAACAUCAUGAGUUUAGUGCAAUGAUCAGUUCACUUAUGCAAAAA